AUGGGAAGUGGGGCGGACGACACGGGGCCCUCCUUUACGGGAAGUUGGGGGCCGGACUGCUGGGGGCAGCAAGCUGGGACCUUGGCUGACCACCGGGGAGUCGCGCGCAAGGGACACAAGCUCAAGAGACGGACGCGCCUGGAGUGUCCACUGCCACGCACCUGGGACUCCCACUCGCGGACUUUCCAGGUCGCCAGCCGGCACCUGCUGCGGGGGGCAGGGCUCCCGCAGCGCCACCUGGCGGCCUCUAUGGCCCUGCGGAUCCCGGAGGGCCCUGAAAGGCCAACUACGCUUGCAGCAAGCAAGGGGAGGAAACCUUCUCAUGGCUGCAGAACUGCCCCUAAAGCAAAACUAGAGGCGAAGCCAGCCAGCAGCCCCAUCCCCUCCCAUCCCAGCCUGGCCCAGAUCACCCAGUUCCGAAUGAUGGUGUCUCUGGGACAUUUGGCCAAAGGAGCCAGCCUGGACGAUCUCAUCGAUAGCUGCAUUCAGUCCUUUGAUGCAGAUGGAAACCUGUGUCGAAGUAACCAGCUGUUGCAAGUCAUGCUGACCAUGCACCGAAUUAUCAUUUCCUCUGCGGGCCUGCUCCAAAAAGUGAUCACCCUGUAUGAGGAUGCCUUGGCGAAGAAUUCACCAGGGCUUUGCCUGAAGAUCUGCUAUUUUGUGAGGUAUUGGAUAACAGAAUUCUGGAUCAUGUUUAAAACGGAUGCCAGCUUGACAAACACUAUGGAGGAGUUUCAGGAACUGGUGAAGGCUAAGGGGGAGGAGCUACACUGCCGCCUGAUCGACACGACUCAAAUCAAUUCCCGUGACUGGUCCAGGAAACUUACUCAAAGGAUAAAAUCAAACACCAGCAAGAAACGGAAAGUCUCCCUGCUCUUUGACCAUCUGGAACCAGAAGAGCUGUCAGAGCACCUCACCUACCUGGAGUUCAAGUCCUUCCGGAGGAUAUCCUUCUCCGAUUACCAGAAUUACCUGGUGAACAGCUGCGUGAAGGAGAAUCCCACCAUGGAGCGGUCCAUAGCCCUGUGCAACGGCAUCUCCCAGUGGGUGCAGCUGAUGGUGCUCAGCCGCCCUACCCCGCAGCUGCGAGCUGAAGUCUUCAUCAAGUUCAUCCAGGUGGCUCAGAAGCUCCACCAACUACAGAACUUCAAUACUUUGAUGGCUGUGAUAGGUGGCCUAUGUCACAGCUCAAUCUCCAGGCUCAAGGAGACAAGUUCACACGUUCCACAUGAAAUCAAUAAGGUCCUGGGUGAGAUGACUGAGCUGCUGUCCUCCUGCAGAAACUACGACAACUACCGGCGAGCCUACGGGGAGUGCACCCACUUCAAGAUCCCCAUCCUGGGGGUGCACCUCAAGGACCUCAUCUCCCUGUAUGAAGCCAUGCCUGACUACCUGGAGGAUGGGAAGGUGAACGUCCACAAGCUGCUGGCCCUUUACAAUCAUAUCAACGAACUGGUCCAGCUGCAAGAGGUGGCCCCGCCCUUGGAGGCCAACAAGGACUUGGUGCACCUGCUGACGUUAUCCCUAGAUCUCUACUACACUGAGGAUGAAAUCUACGAGCUUUCCUACGCCCGGGAACCAAGGAACCACAAAGCCCCACCACUAACACCUUCAAAGCCACCAGUAGUAGUGGACUGGGCCUCUGGAGUAUCUCCCAAACCUGACCCAAAGACUAUAAGUAAACACGUCCAGAGGAUGGUGGAUUCUGUCUUCAAGAACUAUGAUCAUGACCAAGAUGGAUACAUUUCUCAAGAAGAAUUUGAAAAAAUUGCCGCGAGUUUUCCAUUUUCCUUUUGUGUGAUGGACAAAGACAGGGAAGGCCUCAUCAGCAGGGACGAGAUCACAGCCUACUUCAUGAGGGCCAGCUCAAUCUACUCCAAGCUGGGCCUGGGCUUUCCUCACAACUUCCAAGAGACAACCUACCUGAAGCCUACUUUCUGUGACAACUGUGCUGGAUUUCUCUGGGGAGUGAUCAAGCAAGGACACCGAUGUAAAGACUGCGGGAUGAAUUGCCACAAACAAUGCAAAGAUCUGGUUGUGUUUGAGUGCAAGAAGCGCGCCAAGAACUCAGCAGCUUCCACAGAGAACAGCGCCUCUGUGGGGCCAGCAUUCAACCUUUGCUCACUGGGAGGCAAAGAUCUGCUCCACGCACCCGAGGAAGGACCUUUUACAUUCCCUAAUGGGGAGGCUGUGGAACAAGGUGAAGAAAGUAAGGAUCGGACCAUCAUGCUCAUGGGAGUGUCCUCACAGAAGAUUUCUGUUCGGCUGAAGAGGACUGUGGCCCACAAGGCCACCCAGACUGAAUUACUGUCCUGGAUUGGCAGCGAGGGCCCUUCUGGUCCUUUUGCACUGUCUUCCCCGCGGAAGACAGCCCACGACACUCUGUAUGUGCUUCCCAGUCCUACAUCUCCAUGCCCCAGCCCAGUGUUGGUCAGAAAGCGGGCUUUUGUCAAGUGGGAGAAUAAAGACUCCCUCAUAAAAUCAAAGGAGGAGCUCCGUCACCUCAGACUCCCGACCUACCAAGAGCUGGAACAGGAAAUAAAUACACUGAAAGCAGACAAUGAUGCUCUAAAGAACCAACUGAAAUAUGCACAGAAGAAAAUAGAAAGCCUCCAACUUGCAAAAAGCAAUCAUGUUUUCGCUCAGAUGGAACAAGGUGACUGUUCUUAGCCCUGAAAGUCAAGGAGCACAAUCUGUGGAAGAGUGUGUCAAGAGACCUCAUCUCACAACCGAUUAACAGACAGACACACCAGGGAACCGCAGUGACCAGCUUUAAAAGGGGUACUUUAAAAAGAAAACCUGUUCUUUUUUCCCCAAUAUGUGGUAUUGUUUUUUCUUCCACUCAGUUCAAAGGGGAAGAAAACUGAAGAAUGCAGUAUUUUUGCCAUUCAUACCACAAACUUUUUUCCCUGAGACUAACAGAAAAUGUGUGACAAAAACAUCUCUCUAGUUUUUUGACAAGCUAUCUAUCUUCUAUGUGGCCUCCCUGGCUGCUUCUUCCUUAGAACUAAAAUCCUUGGACAGUAAAUUUGCCUAGAGUUUUCUGUGAACUGAG